GUCGCUGCUCGUCCCCCAUCCGUCGGUCCGUCCGUCCUCGCCGUCACUAGUCACUCUUCACUCUUCACCUCUACCUUUCCGGCUUCCGCGUUCCGCCUUGCCGCCUUCGACUUCGACGACGGACGACCUGGGCAGCUCGGCCUCCAUUUUCAUUCUCCACCUCGUCCUCGUCCAGUCGUUCUCCAUCUCCAAUUCUCCAUUGCAGAGUGCAGACCAGCCGAAGCUCUCGGCCUCUCACCCUUUCAGUCUAUACCCUUCUCUCUUCACUCUCGUUCCCUUCGGUCAGUUCACAUGGGAAAAAUAUGAAAAAUGAGAAAAUAAACUGCCAACCUGCCAACCCACACUGGCGGUUUUUGGUUGGCUGAAUAUUUCAGCCUCCCGCGCCAGACUCGCACCUUUUGGCGGGACAACUCGCUCGCGUAUUACCAGCUUUCCUUUUCAGUGCAAUAUAUCAAGUUAAUCUCACUUUAGGACCAAAACUCUUUGCCAAACAAAACCUCAUCCUUGGAUUAGAGAUUCAGAAAGAGUGCAAGCACCCACAGCGGGCAAAAGGUCCAGCCACCGCACUCUCACAGUACUCCAGUCGCUGCAACGCAGCCACAACAAGUGAACGGUGGCAGUGAAUGGUGAUUGAAGGACGAGCAGGGAGAGUAGUAGUAGAAGAAGAGUAGAGUGAAGAAGAUGAAAAUAAAUUAUAAGACAACGCCCAAGUAACCUUGGUUUCAAAAUUUGAAGGAGAUGAGGAUACUUAUCACAGUCCAAAGAUUGUUUCCUUCACUACCUCCAUUGUAACUUUAAGCCGCUUUUCUCUGCCUUUUGCCUUCUCAAACAUGGAAAGAACUUGUGCAGCUUCUGCCAUGGAAUGGAGCAUUCAACUUGAAAAGGGCCUUCGUUCUAAGAAGCCAGGUGGAUCUGUUGAAGCCAUAUUACAGUUUGGGCCUCAACUUCAACAAUGGAGCUUGGAGUCUGAAUCCAACAUCGCUGCCAAUAACAUAUUUGAUUUGAUGCCAGGUGAAGAUAGGCUGUUUGCCAAUGCCAUCCUCUUGCGGCUAGCUGAUGCAUUUGCAUGUGGUGACAAAGAGACUAGGUUUGCUAUUGUCACGGUUUUCUUAUCUGAGCUAAAGCACCGUAAAAAGAAGAAGCACAAAUGGCAUAAUGGUUUGCUGUCAAAGGCCAAAGUACCGAACCACUUGGAGUUGUUGAAAAGAGUGAAAUCUGUUUGUGACAGUGGUGAUGAGGAGUCAAAGGCAUUUGCUCUGGUUCUGUUUGGUUGUUGGGCUGAUUUUGCUCAAGACAAUGCUCCUAUACGAUACUUAGUGCUUUCCAGUCUCGUUUCUCCUCAUGCUUGGUUGGUGAAAGCAUCUUUAUUUGCUGCAGGAUGCUUUUGUGAAAUAUCGGAUGAUUUUGCAUCUACCACAUUGGAGAUGCUGGUUAAUAUGGUGACUUCAUCUGAGGUAUCCUUGCCUGUCAAGUUAGAUGCUGCUCGAGUUUUUGGAAAAUUCAGGUGCUCAUAUUCAGUUGCAAAUAAAGCAUACAAGACAGGUCUAGAAUUGAUAUUGGACUCUUUAGAUGAAGAAUUUUUGGUAGUGAUGCUUGUCUCACUCUCAAAACUGGCUUCCGUAUCAACACUACUUAUCCCUGAACAGGUGGGGCUUCUGCUUUCAUUUCUCAGCCAAGAAAGAACUUCCCAUAUACAAGAAACAGCUUUAAGAUGUUUGAAAUUCCUGGUGAAAAAAGGACUUUGUGAAAAUUCAGUUAAUUCAGAUCUAAUCCGUAGAUUACUUCGCAUGCUGGAGGAACCUGAAGUGUCUUUAUCCAUGCACUUUGAAGCUCUACGGGUUUUACGUAAGGUACUUGUGUGUAUUCCACCUUUACCUUUUACGGAAAUCCAUGAAUUUGUCAAGCUGAUUACUGAGGCAGAGAAUGCAAUACAGCAUGCGGAUUUGAUGAGGGGCCAUUUGACCAUCCAUAUUUUGGCAAAUUUGUCUUGUAAGUUUGUGGGAGAAACAUGUACUGAAAAUGAUGUCUUUUUCACUUCUUUGGCUUCACGGGUUGUCUCACUAAUCAAGGAUCAGAUGAAGCUUCUGGUUAAGUCAUUACUGGAAGCCCAUCAAAAUUAUUCAUGGCUGUUUCAGAAACUUGAAACUCUGUUUGAUAUUCUUCUAUCUAGUGUUAUAAAGCAUCACCAUCUGGUUGUCCUGGUACUUGAUAACAUGACUUCGACAAUUGAAUUUGUUGUGACUCUCAAAACUACUGGUCAAAUGACAUCAUCGACUCAUGUGGCUGUGAAUUUUGAUUGGGAAGAGAAAACCCAUGUAGUAUCCAAAUUUUUUUGCCAAGUAUACAGAUUUCUGGUCUCCUUUCUUGAAACUCUCAGAAAAAUUGGUGCCAUUGAUACUGAGGUGAUGAGCAGAGUGCAGAUUUUGGUUGAAUUUCUGUGUCAUUGUGGUUUACUUGAUUGCUAUACAUGCACAUUGUAUUGUCUUCUGUUACAUAGUCAACAUAUUUGGGGUGGCCUGCUUCAGCAGGAUAAUGGAAUACGUUAUCAUUAUAACCUGAGUAUCUAUCCUCAUAGUUGUCCUGUUAACUGUAAAGUUGAUACAGUAGAGUUUGUGAACCGCAUUUUGACAGACAUAGAUAAUUGGACUGCUUAUAGAAUUGGAAUAUAUGCAGCAUGCCAAGGAGAACUGCUGUUAUCUUCUUCCAUAUUCAGCAAGCUAAUUCAGGAGGUCAAAUCUAAUUCUUGCUGUAACUGGUUAAAAGCACUUUCCCAAUACACUCAGUCUGAGAGAGCAAUCCAGCUUCUUAAUUUACCAACACAGGGAGUCACUUUAGUGGAAGGGUCGGAGAAUAAUAAAUUUCUUUUAAAUUCUGGUGACUACAUGGAUGAGAGGGAUCCAUGGGAUGCUGGGAGUGUCAACGAUCAUCAUUACAGUUACAAGCUACCUGCAGCUUAUAGGGCACUUUGCUCUUCCAUGGGACUUUUGGAAGCAGCUGUAACAAGUUCUUGGGCAUUCAGCUUCCAAAGUUGGUAUUUAUCAUUGAAAGCUAGAUUUUUGGAAAAUGCGGUGGGCAUACUCAAAAAUGUGAGACUUGUGUUGAAUAUAGAUUGGGGCAAUCAGUUAAAUAAUGAGGGAGAUGUUCUGUGUCGAUGUCUGAAGUCUUUUGAAGACAUUUCUCAAAUUUCGUUUCAUUUUUAUAGACUUGCAGAGGAAUUUGAUCUGAUUGGAACAUCUUUCAUUGAGAUGGACAGUGAAAGCUCUGCAGUUGUGACAGCACUUUCUCUGAGUUGUUCACUAUUGGCAUUUGUUUCUGGUUUUGCAGUUAUUGUUGUAAAGCAGCUAUCUCAUGAAAAUUUUAUGGUUGACAAAGACGCCUGUAACUUCUUACUGGUCUCGGCAAUGCAAAAUUUAGCAGGGUGUCUGCGGCAUAUGGAUCAUGAAACCAACUCAAAUUUCUCCUUGCUGUUGAAUUUUAUUGACUGGCGGCCCACAAACUGUUUUCCCUUGCGGCCUAGACAUCAAACUUGUGAUGUUGGUUUUGCAUAUAGAGAUUUUCUCAAUGUUUGUAGUAAUGUGAUCUCUGAGGCUGCCUGCUUGGCAAAUAAAAUAAGCAAUACGCACAAUGAAACAACUCUGUCCAAAGUUUCCAAGAAUUUAUCACAACUGAUAUUAGAUACUAUAACAAAAUGGAUUCGUAUUCCUCCUCGGAUACCCAAGUAUUUCUUUAAAGUAAGGCAAGUCAUUGGAUCAGAGCUGUUUGUCCACAGUGAGGACACAAAAAAUGGUGCUGGUAUAUCUGUUUUGCUAGGCUCCAGUCUAUCACUUAAUCUAUGUCUUCAACUGAAAAACUUGCCGCCAAAUCUCCAUGUUCGGCCAAAAACGUUGUACUGCAUCCUCUAUUGUCCGGUGUCCUGCCAAGUACCGACACCUUGUGGAGAGGCGGGGGAGCGAAUGUCACCGGGAUAUGAAGCUUGGAAAGAUAAAGACAUUGUUGAGCUGAACAAGAAAUUGUAUAGCCGUGUUGCAGAUUGUAUGGCAAAUAAAGGCAGAACAAGUGGCAAGCAUGGUAGGGAAGAAUAUGAUGGUAAGAACAACAGGGCUGCAGAAACAUUUCUGGAAUUUGUGCCUAACCAGAAAGGUCAGGGAUUUUCAAGCUGCCUCCUUGAUGUAUCUGAUUUUCCUGUGGGUUCCUAUAGAAUCAAAUCGCAUAGCUGUUUGUUGGAUGGUACAGGUUCCUACUGGAGCCUCCUCCCUCUGAACAUGGGACCUAUAAUCACUGUACAUACAUGAUUUUUUUUUUUGCACCGACCAUACAUGAAUUUAUUGAUGGGUAAUUAUUAUUUAUCUGUUUCAAACAUCUUCUAAAAUGCUCAAAAAAUUAAAAUUAUGAUGUA